CCGCCCUUUCUCUGUCUGGAAAAGAGAAGAGGAAAAAAACUUUUUUUUUAAUUGAGGAAUCAACAGCCGCCAUUUUGUCGCGGAGCCGGAGCGCGUCGCGGGCGGGAGUGGGGCCCAGCCGGAGCCGCAGCGGUGCCCCCUCGGGCGCCGCCAACAGCACUGCCAGGGCCCCCCUCAGGCACCAGCCACCCGCCCGCAGGCUGACAGAACGACCGGCCGGCUGGUUGGCUGAGGGGAGCCGCCGCGCCCGCCCGCUGCCGCUGCCGCCGCCGCCGCCUUUCCCGCGGCUGUGAACUGAGCUGGGCCGCUCCGGGCCGGGGGGAAAGGCCGCGCUUGCCGGGCCGCGCUGGGAGGGAGCGAGGGCCGGCCGGCCGGAGGGGGGCGCCAUGGCCGCCUGACCCACCUAGCGGGCGCCUGGCGGACGGAGGGCGGGAGGCGCCGGCUUCGCCGCGGCCCCAUCCGGGCACUCCGCGCGCGGCCAAGGGGAGGGGCGCCGGCCGCUCCGCCAGUGCUGGGCUCAGGAAAGGCCCGGCCCGCCCCGGCCUGCCCCUUCGGCCGGCCGCCGUCGCCGGGCAUGGAGGAGCCGCGGGGCCUGCCGCCGGCCCUGCCGCCUGCGGGCCGCUGAACCGGAGCCGCCCGUCCACCCGCCGCGGAGGGCCCGGCCUCCCUCCUGCCUGACGCUGGAAGAGCCGCCGCCGCGCCAAGACCAUGGCGGAGAACUUGCUGGACGGGCCGCCCAACGCCAAGCGGGCCAAGCUCAACUCCCCGGGCUUCUCCGCCUCCGACGCCGCCGAUUUUGGAUCUUUGUUCGACUUGGAAAAUGAUCUUCCUGAUGAGUUGAUCCCUAAUGGAGAACUGAAUCUUUUAAACAGCAGUGGGAGUCUUGUUCCAGACGCCGCGUCUAAACACAAACAACUUUCAGAUCUUCUGAGGGGAGGAGGCAGCUCUUCUUUAAACCCAGGAAUUGUAAAUGUGAACUCGAGUAACCAGGUCCAGCAAGGAGUCAACAACCAAGUCCAAGGGCAGCCGACCAACGUGAACAUUGGCAACCUGGGUGCAAUGGGCAAGAAUCCUUUGAACCAGGGGGACACUGCUGCAUCUACCCUGGCCAAGCAGGCAGCCAGCACAUCUGGACCCAGCACACCAGCUACCCAAGCCUUGAGCUCUCAGGCACAGAAGCAAGUAGGGAUGGUGACAAGCAGCGCAGCAACCUCUCAGGCAGGAUCUGGGAUAUGUAUAAACAGUGGCUUCAGCCAAGCACAUCCAGGUCUCCUCAGUACUAAUUCUGGCCACAAUUUAAUGAAUCAGACCCAACAAGGGCAGGUGAUGAAUGGAUCCCUUGGGGCAGCAGGAAGAGGAAGAGGUGCUGGAAUGCAGUAUACGGCGCCCACCAUGCAGGGGAACGCAGGCAGUGUGCUAGCAGACUCUUUAACGCAAGUGUCUCCCCAAAUGGCAAGUCACACAGGGCUGAACCCAACCCAGGCAGGAGCUAUGGCAAAAUCUCAAAUGCAAACGCAGGUUCAGCAAGUGGGAAUUGUACCCACACAGGCAAUGGCGACAGGACCCACAGCAGAUCCUGAAAAGCGCAAACUUAUUCAGCAACAGCUGGUGCUGCUACUUCAUGCUCACAAAUGUCAAAGGCGAGAGCAAGCAAAUGGAGAGGUGCGCGCUUGUGCUCUUCCCCAUUGUCGAACAAUGAAAAACGUUCUGAAUCACAUGACGCAUUGUCAAGCUGGAAAGGCCUGUCAAGUUGCCCACUGUGCAUCCUCACGUCAGAUCAUAUCCCACUGGAAGAACUGUACACGGCACGAUUGCCCUGUGUGUCUUCCACUGAAAAAUGCCAGUGACAAGAGAAACCAGCAACCACUCCUUGGAUCCCCUGGUAAUGGAAUCCAGAGUUCUGUUGCUUCUGGAACAAGCCAGCCAACAGCUCCUUCCCUAAGUAACCCUAACCCAAUUGACCCCAGCUCCAUGCAGCGGGCCUAUGCUGCUCUUGGUUUGCCCUACAGCAAUCAGCCUCAGGCUUCAUUGCAACCACAAGUACAAGGCCAGCAAACGGCUCAACCUCAGACCCAUCAGCAAAUGCGGACCAUAAAUGCAUUGGGAACUAAUCAGAUUACUCUUGCUGCGGGAGGAUUAGCAGACCAGCAGGCUCCCAUAAUCCCAGAGACGGUUCUUCCAACCUCACUCGGGGCUGCAAACCCUUUAAUGAAUGAUGGGCCAAAUUCUGGCAGCGUUGGAAAUCUUGGGGGCUCCAUGCCGACAGCUGCACCACCUUCCAGUGCUGGGAUGAGGAAGGCAUGGCAUGAACAUGUCACUCAGGAUUUGCGCAAUCACUUAGUCCAUAAGCUCGUCCAAGCAAUCUUUCCUACUCCUGAUCCAGCUGCACUGAAAGAUCGCCGGAUGGAGAAUCUCGUGGCUUAUGCAAGGAAAGUGGAAGGCGAUAUGUAUGAAUCAGCUAACAGCAGGGAUGAAUACUACCAUUUAUUGGCUGAGAAAAUCUAUAAAAUACAAAAGGAACUAGAAGAAAAGCGAAGGUCUCGUUUACAUAAGCAAGGAAUCUUGGGCAACCAGCCAACCUUGCAGCCCCCAGGGAGUCAGGCAGCUGGCAUUCCACAGGUGGCAGCAACCAUGGCACAGCCUGUGAGACCUCCCAAUGGGCCGAUGCCAAUGCCACACGUGCCUAUGAGCCGCAUGCAGGUCUCUCAAGGAGUGGGAGUGAAUCAGUUUAACCCUAUGUCCAUAGGGAACGUCCAGAUGCCUCAGGCACCUAUGGGACCCCGUGCAGCUUCUCCAAUGAACCAUCCUGUCCAGAUGAACAAUAUGAGUUCUGUUCCAGCAAUGGCCAUGUCUCCUUCACGGAUGCCUCAGCCUCAGAACGUGAUGGGAGCCCAUUCCAGCAGCCUGAUGGGACAAGCCUCUACCCAAAAUCAGUUUCUGCCACAAAAUCAGUUUCCUGCCUCCACUGGAGCCAUGAAUGUCAACAGUGUAGCCAUAGGACAAUCAGUGGCGCAGGCAGCAGUAUCACAGCAGGGACAAGUUCCUGGUGCAGCUCUUCCUAAUUCUGUGGCUAUCCUAGGACCACAAAGUAGUCAGCUCUCGUGUCCUCCAGUGACCCAGCCGCCCCUUCAUCAGCCCGUGCCUCCUUUGGCUAGUGUGCCAUCUGUUCAGCACCAGACCCCUCCGCAGCCAGCAGUGCCUGCCCAACCAGCCACGCCAGUCUCUGCUUCAGGACAAGCCCCUACCCCAGUUGCCGGCUCUGUCCCAAACGCCACGCAAAUGCAAAGCACACCGUCCGGGCAAGCAGCUACACAGGCUCAAGUCACGCCACAGCCUCAGACUCCCGUGCAGCCUCCCUCUGUGCCAACGCCACAGCCGCCUCCACAGCAGCCAGCCUCCAUCCAGGCCCCUGGCACGCCGCUGUCCCAACCAGCAGCAAGCAUUGACAACCGGGUUCCGACCCCUGACUCUGCUCCCAGUGUGGAUGUCAACACCCAGCAGCUUGGGCAUGACAUACAUGCGCAAGAGGUGAAACAAGAGAUCGUGGCUGAAAAAACAGAGCUGGAGGGUGGUGAAGCACCAGCGGAGGCCAAGCCUGAGAUGGAGGAGGUCUUACAAGGAUCCACACAAGCCAAAGAAGAAUCCACCGGCUUGGAGAUCAAGCAGGAGCCCAUGGAAAUAGAGGGAAAGAAACCAGAGAUGAAGGAGGAGGAGGACAGUGGCAGUAGCGGUGCCCCUUCUCAAUCCACGUCUCCCUCCCAGCCGAGGAAAAAGAUCUUUAAACCUGAAGAACUGCGACAGGCCCUCAUGCCCACCCUGGAAGCCUUGUAUCGGCAGGACCCCGAGUCUCUGCCUUUCAGGCAGCCCGUGGAUCCUCAACUCCUGGGUAUUCCGGAUUAUUUUGACAUCGUGAAGAAUCCCAUGGAUCUUUCCACAAUUAAACGCAAAUUGGAUACAGGACAGUACCAGGAACCGUGGCAAUAUGUGGAUGAUGUCUGGUUAAUGUUUAAUAAUGCCUGGCUUUAUAAUCGCAAGACAUCAAGAGUCUAUAAAUUUUGCACUAAACUUGCUGAGGUCUUCGAACAAGAAAUUGACCCUGUUAUGCAGUCUCUGGGAUACUGUUGUGGGCGCAAGUAUGAAUUCUCUCCUCAAACCUUAUGCUGCUAUGGCAAACAGCUGUGUACCAUUCCCCGUGAUGCCACAUAUUACAGUUACCAGAACAGGUAUCACUUCUGCGAGAGGUGUUUCACUGAAAUCCAGGGGGAAAACAUUACCUUAGGGGAUGACCCUGCCCAGCCACAAACAACAAUCUCAAAAGAGCAGUUUGAAAAGAAAAAAAAUGACACGCUAGACCCAGAACCGUUUGUGGAUUGCAAAGAAUGUGGCCGGAAGAUGCACCAGAUCUGUGUGUUGCAUUAUGAUAUUAUUUGGCCUUCAGGCUUUGUUUGUGACAACUGCUUGAAGAAAACGGGGCGAACGCGCAAAGAAAACAAAUUCAGUGCCAAGAGGUUGCAGACCACCCGCUUAGGAAACCAUUUGGAAGACAGGGUAAACAAAUUUUUGCGGCGACAGAACCACCCAGAAGCAGGAGAAGUCUUUGUGAGAGUAGUAGCCAGUUCAGAUAAAACGGUGGAGGUGAAACCAGGAAUGAAAUCAAGGUUUGUCGAUUCCCGUGAAAUGGCAGAGACCUUCCCCUACCGCACAAAGGCCCUCUUUGCUUUUGAAGAGAUAGACGGCGUGGAUGUUUGCUUCUUUGGCAUGCAUGUGCAGGAGUAUGGCUGGGAUUGCCCACCCCCAAACACCAGGCGUGUGUACAUAUCCUAUCUGGACAGUAUUCAUUUCUUCCGGCCAAGAUGUCUCCGGACAGCUGUUUACCAUGAAAUCCUCAUUGGAUACAUAGAAUAUGUCAAGAAACUCGGGUAUGUGACAGGCCAUAUCUGGGCCUGCCCACCAAGUGAGGGGGAUGACUAUAUCUUCCACUGUCAUCCUCCUGAUCAGAAAAUUCCCAAGCCCAAGCGUCUGCAAGAGUGGUACAAGAAGAUGCUGGACAAGGCGUUUGCAGAAAGGAUCAUUCAUGACUACAAGGACAUCUUCAAACAAGCAACUGAGGAUCGGCUGACCAGUGCCAAAGAACUUCCUUACUUUGAAGGCGACUUUUGGCCCAACGUGCUGGAAGAGAGCAUUAAAGAGCUGGAGCAAGAAGAAGAAGAAAGGAAGAAGGAGGAGAGCACUGCUGCUACUGAGACACCAGAGGGGAGCCAGACCGACAGCAAGAACGCGAAGAAGAAGAACAACAAGAAGACCAACAAGAACAAGAGCAGCAGCAUCAGCAGAGCCAGCAAGAAGAAGCCCAGCUUGCCAAACGUCUCCAACGACCUUUCCCAGAAGCUCUACGCCACCAUGGAGAAGCACAAGGAGGUCUUUUUUGUGAUUCAUUUGCAUGCUGGACCGGUCAUCAACACGCUGCCCCCCAUUGUGGACCCAGAUCCAUUACUCAGCUGCGAUCUGAUGGAUGGUCGCGAUGCCUUCCUCACUUUAGCCCGGGACAAGCACUGGGAGUUCUCUUCACUCCGUCGCUCCAAGUGGUCCACGCUAUGUAUGCUUGUGGAGCUGCAUACCCAAGGGCAGGAUCGUUUUGUUUACACGUGCAAUGAAUGCAAACACCACGUGGAAACCAGGUGGCAUUGCACAGUCUGUGAGGAUUACGACCUCUGCAUUAACUGCUACAACACCAAGAGCCAUGAACACAAGAUGGUCAAGUGGGGCCUGGGUCUAGAUGACGACAGCAACAGCCAAGGAGAGCAGCAGUCAAAGAGUCCGCAGGAGUCACGCCGCCUGAGCAUCCAGCGCUGCAUCCAGUCCCUGGUGCAUGCCUGCCAGUGCCGCAACGCCAACUGCUCCCUGCCGUCCUGCCAGAAGAUGAAGCGGGUCGUCCAGCACACGAAGGGCUGCAAACGCAAGACCAAUGGGGGUUGCCCUGUCUGCAAGCAGCUGAUUGCCCUCUGCUGCUACCAUGCCAAACACUGCCAAGAGAACAAAUGCCCCGUGCCCUUCUGUCUCAACAUCAAACACAAGCUCCGCCAGCAGCAGCUCCAGCAUCGCCUGCAGCAGGCGCAGUUGAUGCGGCGAAGGAUGGCCACCAUGACCACCCGCAACGUGCCUCAGCAAAGUUUGCCUUCUCCUACCUCAGCCACUCCUGGGACUCCAACACAGCAGCCCAGCACCCCCCAGACCCCCCAGUCUCACCCCCAGCCUUCCCCCGCCAGCAUGUCCCCGGCUGGCUUUCCCAGUGGGACAAGGACUCAGCCUCCCCAGCCACCCAUUUCAGCAGGCAAACCAGCCACCCCCAUGACUGUGGCUCCUCCUCCCUCCCAGCCUCCCCCAGGCGCCGUGGAAGCAGCUCGACAGAUUGAAAUGGAGGCUGCCCAGCAGCAGCAGCAGCAGCAGCAACAGCAGCAGCUGUACCGGGUUAGCAGCAAUGGCUUGCCUCCUGGCCGAGCAGGCAUAGGGAGCUCAGCGGUGGGAGCUGUCAACUCCAUGCAGCAGGUGGGCAUGAAUGUACCCCGGCCUAACUCGGUGAGCGGCCCAGUGAUGUCCAACCUGCAGCCUGGGCAGUGGCAGUCCGCGCCCUUGCCUCAGCAGCAGCCCCUGCAGCCGGGCAUGCCGAGGCCCGUCAUGCCCAUGGCAGCCCAGCCAGCUGUCUCUGGGCCCAGGAUGCCCGGUGUGCAGCCACCACCCCGCAGCAUUCCCCCCAACGCUUUGCAGGAGUUGCUGCGGACUUUGAAAUCGCCGAGCUCCCCCCAGCAGCAGCAGCAAGUGCUGAAUAUUCUGAAGUCCAACCCUCAGCUCAUGGCUGCUUUCAUCAAGCAGAGAACAGCCAAAUACGUAGCAAAUCAGCCAAGCAUGCAGCAACCCCAGCCGCCCCCUCCAGCAGGCCUGCAUGCUCAGUCCAGCUUACAGAACAUGAAUGCGCUGCAGGCUGGGGGCCAGAGGCCCGGGGUGCCUCCUCAGCAGUCCGGCAUGGGUGGCUUGAAUGCCCAGAACCAGGCAGUUCUGGCCCCCAGUCACAAUGCAAGCAUGGCCAACAUGAGCCCUCAGUACCGGGAGAUCCUGAGAAGGCAGCUCCUGCAGCAGCAAGGCAGCCCUGGCCUCGCCACUCAUAAUCAGUUCCAGCCUCCGGCACCGGCCUCGGGAGGCUAUUCCCAAGCCCUGCCGCAGCCGCAGCAGCGCCUCUCGCUCCAAGGGGGAGCCCUGGGACAGAUGGCUCAGCUGAACCCGCUGGGAACAGACGUCAGCCCCAACAUCCAGCAAACUUUGCAGCAGCGCAUGCUGCAGCAGCAGCAGCAGCAGAUGAAGCAACAGAUUGGCGCCACAGCUCAGCCCAACCCCAUGAGCCCCCAGCAGCACAUGCUCUCAGGACAACCACCGCCGCCUCACCUUCCUGGCCAGCAGAUCACCCCUUCCCUCAGCAGCCAGGUGCGGUCCCCAGCGCCAGUGCAGUCUCCCCGCCCUCAGUCCCAGCCGCCACAUUCCAGCCCGUCGCCCCGGCUGCAGCCCCAGCCAUCGCCCCACCACGCCUCUCCACAGACCGGCUCCCCGCAUCCCGGGCUGGCGGUGACGAUGGCCGGCUCCCUGGAGCAGGGACACCUGGGCACCCCUGAACAAAGUGCAAUGCUGCCCCAACUCAACCCCCCCAACAGGAAUGUGUUACCAAAUGAAUUAGCCCUGGUUGGCGACACUACAGGUGGUGACACACUCGAGAAAUUUGUGGAGGGCUUGUAGCAUCAUGGGAGCAUGCCGGCCUCUCCCAGAACACUUUGUACUGCAAAAAGACAUCUCGCUUGAUGUGAGACUGGUCCUUCACGUACCCACAGAAGGAUGAAUUGCUGUUUUAAAAAAAUACAAAGAAUAUAUAUUUUUUGUUAAAGCCAACCAGGUGUGGUUCAGAUAACCUGGUCUCCUUUCCUUUGUUGUUGAUGUUGUUGUUGUGGGGUUCUUUUGUUCUGUUGUUACCGUUUACUUUGCUUUUUUUUAAAGAGGAAAACAAAUCCAUUAUAUUCAUAAAUUUUAUUUGUACUUCCAAGACUAAGCAGUUGUGUUUGAGAAAGGAAUAUUAUUUGGAAACUGUUUCCUGAAAUAAUGCAGCAUUCUUCUAGCGUAUCUUGCUCAUUUUCUGAUAUGGUGCAGAAAGAUUUUUUUUCUUAGGUUCAACUCUGCAGGUAUCUGAAGUAUUAUGACCCCUGGAAAAAGACAGGAACCGACUCUUGCACACACAAACACGUAUUGCAGACGCAGAAGCUGGUUUUGUUUCUCUGAUGAAACUGGUUUUAGAUUUUAAAAAUAAGGACGGAUCAGUUCUUUGUCUGCUAAUUUUAAUACAGAAGUAUAUUCUUUUCUUUCAUUAUUUGAUGUGAAACUUGAAAUGAGGAAAAGCAAUUUUAGUGUAAAUCAUGCAAGCUCUAUAAUUAUAAAUACGGAAAAUUCAACAAGAUUCAAUCACUGUAUAGAAGGGGGGAACAAACAUUUCUUACUUCUAUCGCAUAUUGUUAAAUAAACUGUGCAACAGCCAGAAAGGGGGGGGCCUCCUUGAACUCAUGUACAUGGUAUUAACUCUUAGUGUUUGGGGGGUUUUUUGUUAUGAAAAUGCUGUUUUCAACAUUGUAUUUGGACUAUGCAUGUCUUUUUUCCAUUGUAUAUAAAGUAUUGCUUAAAAGUGAUAUAAAUUACUGAAGUUUUUUAA